CGUCACAUGAUGUUUUGACACCUCAAAGCCCCGAAUUCCAGGGCCCAGACUCCAGAACCUGGUCAUGUUAUCUUAUCUUUGGGACUUUCGUACUUGAUUCACGGAAAUGAGAGACUGGAUGCAGACCUUUCUCGUCUUCUGUGUUCUUCUGUGUUGGUCGAUAAUGCCUGUUAACCCUCAGUUACUCGGUAAGUUAGAACAUUCUCAGAAGGUACUCGAGACACCGCCAUUGGAACAUCCAACUCCUGCUAAACUCCCAUCUCGCAAUCCAACCCGCUCCUUCUGGAUCGAUUCCUCCCCGGAUGCAAAUCCACUCGCUCGCCAAGGCAGCCAAGAUCCUCUGCCUAGCAAGGCAGACGUCUGCAUUAUCGGGGCUGGUAUCACUGGCGUUGGCGUCGCGUAUCACCUUAUCGAACUCUUGAAUAAUGCCUCGCUUUCUGUCAAACACCCGCUCAGCAUCGUGAUACUCGAGGCAAGAGAUUUCUGCUCAGGAGCGACUGGAAGGAAUGGUGGACAUCUUACGCCGGCCGCUUUCCUCGAGUUUGCUCAGCGUCAGGCAUUAUUCGACACGGUCGAGGCCAUCAAGUCAUAUAAACUCGAACAACACACCGCUUCUCUGCUUGUCCAAAUAAUAGAGGAGAAUGGCUGGGCAAGCGAUGUUGACCUAGUAGAAGGUGGACACAUAAACCUCUUGUUCACAGAGAAGGAAGCAGAAAACGCGCACAAAGACUUCGACACGGCACGUCAAGCGCAGCUCAAUCUAGAUGGUGUGGAAUGGCUCUCGAAGGAGGAACUCGAGGAGGAAUAUGGUGCACCUUACUCAGGAUUCCGCGAGCCAGGAAAUAAUGUCUGGCCACUGAAACUCGUCACGAAGCUGUACCAGCAUGCUCAAGCACACGCUGGACAAUACGCCUCUCUAAGCUUGCACACUCGAACGCCGGUGACUGCAGUCACACAUGAAACGACCGACAAUUCAUCCACUUCUACAGUCGUGACGAACAGGGGUAGCAUAUCGUGCUCCCGCGUUGUCCAUGCCACGAAUGCGUACGCCUCUUAUCUCCUUCCUUUCCUCGCGGGUCCAGAUGGAAUUAUACCAACUCGGGGACAAGUAAUAGCCACCCGUGCUUCUGUCGGUAUAGAUCAAAUUAAGAUACCGAGCUGGAGCGGAAACGAAGGAUUUGCAUACUGGUUCCCCCGACCCGUAAAGCACGACACUGAAAAACCAUUGAUCAUCAUUGGUGGUGGCCGGGAAGCUGUGGGACCCCAAUACGAGCUAUAUGUGGACGAUGACUCUGAAACGCACCCUCUCGUUGGGAAGGUGCUUCGCGAGUUCUUACCAUCUAUAUUCGAAGGUAAAUAUGACCCCCUUUCGGAGCCUGAGAUGGAAUGGACUGGUAUUAUGGGCUUCACGAGGACGGGGGACCCGUUUGUUGGGUCUGUAACAGACCUACUCGUAGCCGAUCCAGAGAGAGAGCUGUAUAGGAAACAGUACAUCGCCGCAGGAUAUGCCGGUCAUGGAAUGCCGCGCGCAUUUGGAUGCGCCGAAGUCCUUGCGCAAAUGAUUCUGGCUGAGAUUUCUGAUAAAGAGUGGAAGGAGCCAGAUUGGCUUCCACAGCGUUAUCUGACAUGGAAUAGACGAGUCGAGUAAGAUCUUACGGAGCAUGACGUUGGGAAUAUGGAAAGACUAGUUAUCAAGGAACUCAUUUUCGAG